AUGGAUAUCCUCGUCUCUGCAAUCGUGGGUGACCUCAUCAGCAGGUCUGCAUCGUUCGUGAUUAGCAGAUACUUCCAGCAGCAGCCUGACAUCAAUAAGAUUCUACAGAGGCUAUGGAGUGUCCUACUGAGAAUCGAUAUCUUCGUCGAGGAGGCCGAGGCACGGCACAUCACCAACCAGGGGAUGCUCCGUCAGCUCAAGAUGUUGAGGCAAGGAAUGUACAGAGGCCACUAUGUUCUCGAUGCCUUGCGAUUCCAAGCCGCCCGCGGCGAGGAGGAGAUGAGCCACUCGUCAUCUGCACUGUCCAAAUCCAGUCCAACCAAAUGCCUUCGUUUCUCUCGCACCCGCAGUGGCAGCAGCAGCAGCAACAGAGAAGCACUGUUGUUUGGCACAAACAACAACAUACAAGACGAGCUGCAACGGAUGGUUGAUACCCUUGAAGACACCGUGGCUGGUAUGAAGGAGUUUCUUUUCUUCAUGGAGCUGUAUCCUCGGAUCCUCCGCCAACCUUAUGGUAUGUAUUUGCUAUUGGACAACUGCAUGUUUGGUCGCCAAAUGGAACGGGAACAGGUUCUGAAUUUCUUGCUUAGUCCUGGUGCUACAUCAGACUUGGCUGUACUUCCGAUUGUUGGUCCAAUAAGAGUAGGGAAGAGCACCCUUGUUGAGUAUGUCUGUAGGGAUGGGAGUGUGCGUGAUCACUUCUUUCCACAAGGUAGUCUUGAGGACGAAGAAGUGGUCAACCUGCAAGGGAACAGCAUUAGUGGUCUAGUCAGGCAUGGGAACAGCAUUAGAUAUCAACGAGGAAACAUGGAGAAGGCUGAAAUCUUCCGCAACCUGCAUGACACCUUGCGGUGA